AGACCCCCCCCCCGUAAUCCCCUGCUUAAGCCCCCUUUCCAUCAUGAUCCUGCUGAGCAGCUUCUUGCACCUCCGGCCUCGGCGCUGCGGCCCCUUCGCAGGGCUGGGCAGGGGUCCCGGCCCCUUAGCGGGGUCCCGCAGGGCGCUGCGGGUGCUGGUGGACAUGGAUGGGGUGCUGGCUGACUUCGAAGGAGGCUUCCUCAAGAAGUUCAGAGCCAGGUAUCCCGACAAGCCCUACAUUGCCCUGGAGGACCGGAGGGGCUUCUGGGUGUCGGAGCAAUACGGGCGCCUGGGACCUGAGCUGAGUGAGAAAGCCAUCAGCAUCUGGGAAUCCAAGAACUUCUUCAUCGAGCUGGACCCGCUCCCCGGGGCUGUGGAAGCUGUGAAGCAAAUGGCAAACUUGGCCGACACUGAUGUGUUCAUCUGCACGAGCCCCAUCAAGAAGUACCGCUACUGCCCUUAUGAGAAGUAUGCCUGGGUGGAGAAGCACUUCGGCCCCGAGUUUCUGGAGCAGAUCGUUUUGACACGAGACAAGACGGUGGUUUCUGCUGACCUGCUGAUAGAUGACAGACCUGAUAUAACAGGGGCCGAGCUGAACCCAAGCUGGGAGCACGUGCUCUUCACAGCCUGUCACAACAAGCACCUGCAGCUGAAGCCCCCCAGCCGCAGGCUGCAGUCCUGGACCGAUGACUGGAAAGCCAUCCUGGAUAGCAAACGCCUGCCUCCUGGCCAGGCCACCUAAACACCAGCAUCCCGGUGCUGCAGCCACUCCUGCUGAAGGGUGAGACCAUGGACAGACAGACAGACCCUGUCCCUGCUGCGGAGAGGAAGAGGAGGGCGAGCUGAAGCACCACGGCCACCCGGACCCACAUAACAACCCGCAAGCCCAGCUGUGCUGCAGCAGCAGGAUUGCACCUUGGACCCAACAGGAGCAUAUCCCACUGGUUCUUGGGGUCCAUGUGCUGCAUCUGCAUCCUCUGCGAGGCCAUCCUGGUGUUUCUGAUGGACAAGGUCACCCUCAGUGUGUCUGUGUGGUGCAGACCAGCUCUCCAUCCUCCUCUCUGUGUUAACAGUCAGGGAUCACACGGGUGGUUUGUUCUGUCCUCACAGGGCUUCGUACUUGGAUUUUGGGAUGCAGGUGGCUGGAAGGGCAGGGGGAGCAGGCAGAUGCUGCCCAGGCUCCCUGCACCAGCUCAGUUGAAGCAACAGGACAGCUUUGUGCUUCCCUGCAGGAAGAGACCCUGCAGUGUGAUAUGGGGACAAUACCACUCCUCUGUGGAUCUGGCUAUGGAAAGAGAAUCCAGAGGCAUCUUCCAGUUGAUGGGAGGGAUCCCUGCUUGCCCUCAUCCCUGAGGAGUGCCACAGCUUUAGAGCUGAUUUGGGAUGAAGAGGAGGACUCUGCAUUGCUCUUGGGCUGCUCAUCCAGGGAAUCUCCGGGACAGUGAGGAGGCAGCAGCAGUGCCAGCACCAGCCCUUACUGGGAGCAGGGCAGCUCAUGGCUCACCCUGACAGACAUUGAUCCAAUGGUAGCUCCAUGGAUUUCAAAGCCAGGAAGGUCUGCACAUGAAGGCUGCACGCUCACAUCACCCCAUCUCCCUCCUCCUGGCAGUGUUGACACCAGGAAAGCUCUGGGUGUGCAUGCACCAAGCACACUGCUUCCAUGCAGAAAGUCCUGGGUGCUGCACCCUACCAUGGUGAGGCAACUGGGAUGUUAAUGCCACGGAGCAUCCUAAAGCCUUCAGUGCAGGGCCACUGGGAAGAUGCUGCUG